AAUUAAACGGCGGUGGGCUUCCCUCGGUAAAAACAGGGCCCAUUUUAAAACCCUCCAUACAAAUCCUACACAGUAUACAGUGAGACCUAACCAGUAACCAGCUCUUUCCAUUUUCCACAACAAUUUCUUACCCUUCGCCGCUUCGGCUGCUCGGUUAGCGGUAUUAUAGUCAACUACAAUGGCAACCAGAAUGGCCGUUAGAUACAUACCUCGUAGGUUCUCAAGUGGGGGGAGGAUUCUCAGUGAGGAGGAAAAAGCUGCAGAAAAUGUUUACAUCAAGAAAACUGAGCAAGAGAAAUUGGAGAAACUUGCACGCAAGGGACCCAAACCAGAGGAGAAACCUGCUGCAGGUUCAGGGGGUACUGUGAGUGAUGCUAAGCCUAGUAGCUCUACCGCUACAUCAGGAGCAUCUGCUGAGAAAGUAUUAACUGAUAAGUAUCGGAACUAUGCAGUUUUUGCCGGUGUUUCAACCUUUUGUGGUGCUCUGGGAUGGUAUCUCAAUUCUAAAGAAAAGAAGCAAGAAGUCCAGGACUGAGGUUAAUGCAGUCGGAUUUUGGAAGUGGAGCUUGGCCUGAAUAGUUACCCUAUGUCCUAUCGUACAGAGUAGUUGAAAUAAACCAAACUUUGUAAACAGUUCAUGUUGUUUUUUAUCUGAUAACAGCUGUGUUUUGAUUUACUGGUUCUAAGGGCUUAGCCGGUAAUAAGGGCUAUUGGUUUCAUUCCUCAUCUUGCCCUUAUAUUUUAGGUUCUUUUCUUUUCCUACUUGCAUCAUCAUUUUUAUCUUACAUGUAUAAUCAUUCAUUCAUUGAUUAUACUUUUGCCUUUAAUUGGGUUUUAAUCAAAAUAAAAUAAAAAUG